UUUCUAGAUGUAUAAGAGUUGACCUUUUGUUUCUUAUUAUUUAUUUAUAUUCCUAUCAUUUUUAGGUGACCUCUUGACCUACCAUUACUGUUGAGUCACAUACUAAUACCAUCGCGCCGGGUGGAGCCACCGGCGAGCACGAGCGACGAGCGCCGGCUGCCCCGCGCGCCCUUCACAUCAGUCAGCUGUUGCACCGCUCCGAGCACGGCUGCGCUUACGCAUUUCUUAUUUUCCGUCGCGUCCAUUGGUCCUUCUCCCGUGAAGUUGAAACCAAAACGGAAUUUUUCAAAUUCAAAAAGCCAACGGUUCAUCGGUUGGAGAACAAAGAACUUCGUCUUCGCCUUCAAGCUUCGCAGAAGAUCAUCAUUUUUGCGUGUCAUCGUCUGCAUUUGGGUCUUCGUGAACGUCGAUACGGCUACUGCAACCGUCUUUAUCAAGUUCCAUCAUUCCAUAUCCAAUUAGUGAUUAGUUUUAAUCACCUUUAGUGCUCAUUGUAUUCAUUUACAUUUAUCAUUUAUGCAAUUUAAAUUAAUUUUACUGUGUUUUAACAUAUCAACUUGUGUUUAGAGUGACAAAGCAAUUUAAUGCACAUUUAAGCUCCUUGUAAAAUUUUCAUAGCAAAACACGCCUCUGCAAUUUAGUCAAAUAAUUACACUAGUUUACAAAUUUUUAUGUAGAAGUGAUAGUGCUGCUACAAUACCCCUCACAAAAUCUUCCGCCACCUUUGUACAUUCUAAAAGUAACAACAUAAAAAUUCUAUCACGUCACAUUUUUUUUCUACCCCCAAAUAUUUGUAUUUAGGAAUCAUUCUUAACUACUGAUCUAUGGUGUUGCAUUACUUGUUUAGUUUAGGAGAUAUUUUUUGUUUAAUUCACAUAAAAUGUCGCGUAGACAGUGUAAACAAAGUUGUGAUCGCUUUUGUUAUGUUUGUGGACAAUUUAUAUUUAAGCAAAGUUAUAUGACAGAAUCGUUGAAAAUUGCAUAUCUUCAUUAUUUCGGAUUUCUUGUGACCAAUCAAGAAAAAAACUGGACUCACUAUGUGUUUUGUGAGAGCUGUAGAAUCACUUUACUGUGAUGGUCUUAAGGGGACAACGUACACCUGCCAUUUGGUACACCAAUGUUGUGCAGGGAACCAGCUAAUCACGAAAAUGACUGUUACUUUUGUUUUACUAAGACUUCGGGUUUUAAUAGGAAAACUAAGUCGGGCAUUGUAUAUGCAUAUGUCACUUAAAAAGGGGGUGUUACACAAGUACGCAAAAUCAUAAGUGAUUUUAAGUUUGAUACUCUUUUAUCUACGACUGAAAAAGUUGCUUGGAAUUCAUAUAAAACUGUUGUUAGAGACUUUCUAAGCAAUAGUAAAAGUAAAAACAAUAAAGAGAUAGUGAGUGAUUCAUUACAAAAUUAUCACAAGAUGGGUGUCAACAUGUCAAAAGAUUCAUUUUUUACAUUCCCACUUGGAUUUUUUCCCGGAAAACUUAGGAAGCAUGAGCGACGAACAAGGAGAGCAUUUUCACCAGGAUUUAAAGGCUUUUGAAAAUCGUCAUCAAGGCUAUUGGGACGAAAAUAUAUUGGGAGACUACUCUUGGUCUAUAUUAAAAGAAACCGAUUCCGAAACCUACAAAAAGAAGUCCAAAAUUAAUAAUAUUUAGUUGUUUAUGGUCCGUUUUCUCGUGUUUUUUUAAUUAAAUAUAAUUCCAAAUGUGGACGUGACAGAUUUUUUUAGUAUUUUUCCUAGACUACCUAUAGAUAGAUAGACCAAAUUCAACAACUUUUAUCUGGGGUAUAAAAACCGUGUAAACUAGUGUUAUUUCCGCAGCGUAUUGCUAUACUUUUUUGCUAGGCUUUUUGCAUUAAGCAACAUAUUGCCUUUACUUUUUUAAUAGGCUCUUUGCGAUAGUUAAGCGCCUGGACAUAUGUUAAUAGCAAAUCUCGCUUUGAAUCUUUGUUUAAAUUUUUCAUCAGGCAUUUAAAUAGAAGUUAGAUUACUGUUGUAGCUUUAUUAAAUAGUAAGUAAAUAUGUCUGACAUUAAAACGCUUAUUAAAAAGCGAGCUGCGCUUAAGGCUAAGCUUACGCAAUUCACAAAUUAUUUAAAUGUAGUCAAGUCUUGCGAAAAGUUAAGUGAGACUCAGCUCAUUGAACUUGAACAACGUUUAAUUGCGUUCGAAAACUCAUAUGAGAAAUAUGAUACGUUACAGAUCAGCCUGGAAGAAGCAGUGGAGGAACCCAGUGAGCAAUAUGCGGAACGCGAGGAAUUCGAGAACUUGUACUACGCGCUGCUUGCUUCUGCGCGUCAGCUGGUCGGCAACGCUCGCCGGGAGUUGUCGGCGGAUUCCGCGUCUGAGGUUGUAUCUGGUACUUCUCACACACACAAACACACAUCAGUUCGUCUACCCAAAAUUGAUUUACCUAAGUUUUCUGGCAGCUAUCAUGACUGGCUAGAAUUUAGGGACACAUUUAUUUCCAUCAUACAUAAUAAUGAGAGCAUAGACAAAAUAAACAAACUGCAUUAUCUUCGUGCUUCUUUAAAAGGCAGUGCCUCUCUCAUUAUUGACAAUUUAGACUUUAGGUCAGAUAAUUAUGACGCCGCUUGAAAGUAGGUACCUACAUAGAUCUUUGCAUUUUACCUACUCUCUGUUGUUACCUUUUGAAAUAUAGGAGUACCUACCACAGAUGUGUCGAGUGAGGCGCGCGGGGGGAGGACGGGGCUCAGCUGCUCGCCUGAUCACUAUAAUGAGAUUCUUUAUCCACAUUAACAUAGAACCCAUUUGAAUGUUUACGAACAAACAUACCUACCUAUAGUAUACGAUAGUCUCGUGUUAUACCCGCCAAUCAGAUGCGGUGGAAAUUGAGGUGGAACGGCUUCGUGACACCAGUCAGCGAAACACGAUGCCGACACAUGAAAUGAAUAAAUAAAAAUAAUCAAUCUGAUAAGACGUAUGAUGUCUUUGCAUUUCUAAUUAUUUAUAAAAUUAUAAAUUCUAAUUAUAAUAUUCUAUAUGAUUUUCUAUAUUUAUGUGGGAUCGAUGAUUAAGGCCUAGUAAGAGUUUGAAACUCUUACUAGGCCUUUUCGAGUCAUCACGCUCCCUGGGAAACGGCCGGCUUUCAAUUGUGAUAUGUAGUCAUUACUGCUACUAGCACAGGGUUGCUCAUGUCGCUGAGUCUUCUCGUUUAUCUCGACACAAUCUGUCCCACGUCGGGCGCCAUUACAGUGCGCGGACCAGAAAAUUGAAUCAGGAAGCGCACACGCGCCGCUGCGCGCUGAUUGAAAAUGUAUCGCAUCUGGUUAUCGCGCGCCGACACUCCGCAGCACCCAACACCCCGCCCCACCCUGCCCCACCCCGCCCCACUGUCGCGCGGCUCAGCCAGCCGCAUUACCGCCGCCGACCAGACGUGUCGCAGUCUCCCGCCAGCCAGCAUGCAGGACGCGAGCGACCCGCGCGGGGGCGCCAUCGCCUUCGCACUCAUCUACUUCACAUUCUUCCUCGACAACGUACUCCUCACUGUUCUAGUGCCCAUCAUCCCGGACUGGGUGCGCGGCUCGUCGCUGGCGCUGUGGCGUGGGCAGGGCGCGCCGCUGGCGAGCGUGCUCAACCACACGGUGGCGGCGGCGGAGGGCGAGGCGGGCGGCGCGCAGGCGCUGCUGGGCGCGGUGCUGGGCGCCAAGGCGGCGGCGCAGCUGCUGACGGCGCCGCUGGCGGGCGCGGCGGUGUGCCGGCGCGCGGCGCCCGUGCUGCGCGCGGGCACGGCGGCGCUGGCGGCGGCGGCGGGCGUGUUCGCGGGCGUGUCGGGCGGCGGGCUGGCGCGCGGCGCUGGCGGUGGCGCUGGCCGCGCGGCGCACGGCGCGGCGCGGCGCUGGCGGCGUGGCGGGCUGGCGCUGGCGGCGCGCGCGCUGCCGCUGCACCAGCGCGACCGCGCCAUCGGGGCGCUGCUCGGCGCCGUCGCGCUCGGUGUGCUGGUGGGGUACGCGUGCGGCGGGGCGGCGGCGGCGCUGUGGAGCCGCGCCGCGCCCUUCACGCUGCUGGCGGGCGCGCUGCUCGCCAACCUCGGCUUGCAGUACAUGUUCCUCAACAAGGACGAGUACAACAGCGUACGUAGCUUUGCAACUAGGUGCAUAUGUAUGAGUAAGACCCGAGGUGUUGUGGUGACGCGGUGGUGUGCAGGCGUGCGCGGGCGGCGGCAGCGUGUCGUGGCGCGGCGUGGCGGCGCUGGCGCGGCGCGGCGCGGCGGGCGCGUGCGCGGGCGCCGUGCUGCUCACCACGUGCGUCAUGGCGGCGCUGGAGCCCUGCCUGCCGCUGUGGCUGGAGCACAAGUUCCACCCGCAGCGCUGGGUGGCGGGCGCGGUGUUCGUGCCCGACAGCGCCGGCUACCUGCUGGCCGCCAGCCUGCUGGGCGGCGCGGCGCGGCGGCUGGGCGCCGAGCGCGUGGCGCUGGCGGGCCAGCUGGCGGUGGCUCUGGCGGCGCUGGCCGUGCCUCACGCCACUUCCGUGCGCGCGCUGGCGCUGCCGCACGUGGCGCUGGGCGCGGGGCUGGGCGCGGCGGACGCGGCGCUGGUGCCGGCGCUGCUGGCGCGGCACGCCCGGCGCGCGCCGCACGCCGCCGCGCUGCUGCAGGCGGCCGCCAGCGCCGCGUACGCGCUGGGCCCGCUGCUGGGCGGCGCGGCGGCGUGGUGCGUGGGCUUCGAGGCCGCCAUGCGCGCGCUGGGCGUGCUCAACCUGCUGUACGUGUGCGCGCUGUACCGCGCGCUGCGCCGACACCCGCUCUCGCAGCAGUGGGGCGCCGUCGAGCUGGACGAAGACAGCGACGCAGAGGACACGCCGCUCGCGACGCCGCGGUAGACGCCGCGGGCACGACUCACCUCUACUGCUAUCACCAUGAUGCUACACGUUCUUUGAUUGCAUUUAACUUACAUAACAAUAAAUGUACGUCUUUUGAUAUAGGUAUAAGUUUAGGGGGCUGGUGAGUCUAUCUACAUAUAAAUAAAUUACCUAGUUUA